AUGGCUCCUAGGUCAGUGUCUGCUCCGGGACAGCCCUGCUGCUGCGGGCAGAGCCCGGCCACCAAACUGGGAAUGAAACACCUGAGGAAGCCUCAGCUAGACCAGGGCUUCACUGCGCUGCCGGAGCCGGAGGCGAUCCCAGCGUGUGGUGAUGGUGAAGAGGAAGACCCUGUUGUCCGUGGAGCUGCCAAUCCCUAUGAGGAAGGGAACUUGCAGGUUUUCUUUAAUGGAAUGGUUUUAGUGUCUUUCAGAAUCAAUGUGGCAAACUCCUUGCUGGAAGCGCAGGUGGAAGGCCACCCUGGCUGGCUCCUGGCAUGCCACAAGCGCUGGAGCCUCUCCCUGGGCACCCUGCUCUGCCGGCAGCUCGGGUACCUCAGAAUGAUCCACCAGGAAGGAUUGAACCUGACGAACGUCAAGGUGAAUGACACACAGGAGUUCGUUCAGGUGAGACCCCACCGGGAUGGCAGCCUGGAAGACAUGUGGCAGGUCAGGAGCAGCUGUGAAUCAGGUCGCGUUGUGUCUCUGAAAUGCUCAGAGUGCGGGCUGCGCCCCGGCGCCGUGCGGGUAGUCGGGGGGACGGAGGUGUCCCCGGGGCGCUGGCCCUGGCAGGUCAGCCUGUACCAGGGCUCCCGGCACCACUGCGGAGGCUCGGUGCUGGCACGGGAAUGGAUCAUCACAGCAGCUCACUGCGUGCACAGUUACAGGUGGCUUCAAGCCUCUGCCUGGCUGGUUUUCGCUGGCAUUAUCACCCAUGGCUCCAUCAAACAGGAGGCCGGAGUAUCGGUAAAGAAAAUAAUUUACCACCCGCUUUAUAACGACAGUAGCCUAGACUAUGACAUUGCUCUGAUGAAGCUCCAAGUCCCCCUGAACUUCUCAGGUGCCAUCCGUGCCGUGUGUCUGCCACCCUCCCACCAGGACCUCUUCCAGGGCACCCCGUGUUGGGUCUCUGGCUGGGGCUAUACCAGACCAGACCAAGGGCAGGUCACGGAGACACUGAAGGAAGCUCUCGUUCCCUUGAUCGGAACCAAGAGGUGCAAUAGUUCGUGCAUGUACGCAGGCGAGCUCACUGCCAGGAUGCUGUGUGCCGGCUACCUGCGGGGGAAAAUAGAUGCGUGCCAGGGUGACAGCGGUGGCCCCCUGGUUUGCCAGGAUGGAUUCACGUGGCGCUUAGUAGGCAUUGUGAGCUGGGGCCAGGGCUGUGCUGAACCCAACCACCCCGGGGUCUAUACCAAUGUGGCUCAGCUUCUGCCGUGGAUUUAUCACAUCACAGAGAUCUACUAG